AUGGACAGCCCUGAUCAGCCCGACCUGCCGUGCUUCGUGGCACAUAAAGAGCACGGUCUAAGAAAAAUACUAUGCAAGCUUGGGCUGGAGGAGUACUAUCCCAACAAGAUGUCUCUCCAGUGUCUACUGAAGAUCACCGGUGACUCCAUCACAGACACAGGGGCAGACUCAGAGAGGGCUCUGCCCAUGCGCUUCUUGAAGCGGCUGAUGAUGCUCAAUGCUGAAUGCCGAAGCACAGUGGCUCAAACAGAAGACUAUGACGAGGACGAUGGGGAAAGCGACACAGUGAAUCCGCUGGACCUCGUCAUUGCGAUCUUCCACUGCGCGGACAGCUUCCUCCAGCAGGCAAUGAUGCUAAAGAUGUCAAUGUGUCAGUUUGCCCUGCCCCUUCUAUUACCCCCAGGCACUGAAUCCCAGUGCACGCUCAUGCUCUGGGCCAUGCAGGACAUCCGGAAGGAGUGGCGUCCCCACAACCUAUUGGACACCAGAGGAUUUGUGGAGGAUGGUAUAGUCAAUGUCAGCAUGCCAUUCAUCUCCUUCGUCAGGCUACGCAAAUGCAGCCUGCCCAAGUCUCAGCUUCUCAAUGAGAUCAUGGGCAAAGCUCAGCAAAUACACAACAUCUUCACACACAUUGACAUGGAGGCCGGAAACGUACCUAGGUACAUUGUUGAUGGAUUGGUUGAAAUUACUUGGUAUCUUCCCUGUGGUAACAAAAAUCUUGAUAUCUUCCCAAAACCUCUGGCAGUGGCUAAUUUGCGAGGAGAUAUUUGUUCCUCAGAAACUCAAUUUGCAUUUCUCACGAAGGUGUCAUCCGCUAUCUUUGUAUUCCUGGAUCAGGUUGAAGAGGCAGAAAUUAAGCUGUUAAGCUCUAUAAAAAAUACUGCACCCGAGUCCAAGUUUCUCCUGGUUGUUAAGACUGAUAAAGAGACAAAAAGAAUAAAUGAUCCUUCUAUUGAACAGCUAAUCAGUCAAUUACAAUUGCAAUCAAGUAAUAUAAUAUCAAAAUCUGCGAAGGACAACAAAUCAAGAUUUUCAAAUAAGUUAACUGCUGCUGUCACACACGUAAUGCAGAACUGCAAACACAGCAUAACCCUAAGACAGAUUUCAAGUGUGGCUUAUGAUCUAGGCAUUCAAGUUGAUGAAGACCAAACAGAUGCUUCUAGAUCUGGAAAAAAGGCUGCGAAGGAGGUUGAGAAAACAAUUGGGGUACGAGAAGUAGCUGACUACAAGAAGAAUUUUCUGCCUCUGCAAGGUGAACCAUGGAAGAGAUUAGCACAACUAGAAAAGGAAGAGUGUCGGUUACUCAACCCAGGAGAUCAACAUUUGGAAACAUACAAGGCUCAGCUACAAGAGGAGAUACAGGACAUAAAAAAUAAACAAGGGAAUUACCAGACAACUAAACCUAUGCUGAGCUUUAUUAAUGCUCUCUCAACCUCAGAUAAACAGGAAAGAGCCUUUUUCCUUAAGUGGUUGAGUCUCAGUCUGGACACUCAUUCACAAAAAGUAUUAAGCAAACUUCGCCGCCAGCUGAAGGAAGCACAGAAGCAGAAAAUCGACAAGGACACACUGGCACGGCUUGACCAACAGCUUCUUGACAGUUCCCUGGGCAUCGAGCAUUACUUUAGAGAAAUGGGGCAAAUCUAUGAGGUCUUUAAGGGUAGGUCCAAUAUGUUCUCUGAUCUUCCUAAUAUUGCAGCAGAAAUUUUGUUAAAUGGAGUCCCUCUGGAACUUUUGGAUGGAGAUGCAUCUAACAUCCCAGUGAACUGGGUGAGAGAUGUGCUCAUGAAGCUUCACAGUGCAGUGGGUGAGAUAAGUCGCCUGUGGGUGGUGGCAGUACUUGGGGUGCAGAGUACAGGGAAGUCCACUCUGCUCAAUGCUAUGUUCGGGGUCCAGUUCCCUGUCAGCAGCGGCAGAUGUACCCGUGGGGCCUUUAUGUUGCUUCUUAAAAUCGAGGAGGACCUUCGUGAAGAACUUGGCUGUGAUUUGAUCUUGCUGAUUGACACAGAGGGCCUCAAGUCUUCAGAGAUGUCCCAACUUGAGGACAGCUAUGAACAUGACAAUCAGAUAGCCACCCUGGUUGUUGGUUUGAGUGACAUCACUAUUAUCAACAUCGCCAUGGAGAACUCAACAGAAAUGAAGGACAUUUUGCAGAUCGUUGUUCACGCGUUCCUCAGGAUGAAAGAAGUUGGCAAGAAGCCCAGAUGUCAUUUUGUUCAUCAGAAUGUAGCUGGAGUUUCAGCACACAGUAAAACCACUGCAGAAAGACGACAACUCAUUGACCAGCUGGAUGAGAUGGUAAAAAUCGCAGCCAAAAUGGAGAAACAGACUGAAGUCGUUAAAUUCACAGAUGUAUUAGAUUACGAUGUGGAGAAGAAUAACUGGUACAUCCCAGGGCUGUGGCAUGGCACCCCACCAAUGGCCCCAGUCAACACAGGUUACAGUGAAGCUGUGCACGAAUUCAAGAACCACCUCAUAGAAGAGAUUAAGUCUUGCAAGACAGAACGACAUCCUUCACAAAUUCCUGAAUUCUUGGAAUGGAUGCAGAGUCUAUGGAAAGCAGUCAAAUAUGAAAACUUCAUUUUCAGCUUCCGAAACACAUUGGUGGCCCAUGCCUACGACAACCUGUGCAGGGACUUCAAUCAAUGGGAAUGGGAAUUCCGUAAACAAAUACUCCAGUGUGUAGCAGGAGCGGAGGUGCAGAUUUCUCAUUUUCUGACAGAAAAUGCUGAUAAUCUGAAUGAUUUACAGCAAUUUAUCACAAAGAUAAAGCAAAAUGCAUCAAGUGAGUUGAAGACAGAGGAACAAAAAAUGACUGAAAAACUAAAGGAAUACUACAAAAGGAAAGACAGGCAUGUCCAUCUAAUUGAAAAGUACAAAGUGGACUUCUUUAAUAGCAUUAGAUGUCUGCAGAAAGAAAUUGAACAUGUUGUGAAUAACAAACUGGACACAAUUGUUGAAUUAGAAAGGAACAUGAAAAAGGUGAGAGACAUUCAUAGUGAGCACAUGAAAAUGAUUGAGGAGCAAGUGUCCAGACUCCUGAAAUCGUGUAAAGACACAAAUACCCAAUUGUCAGACGAACAGUUGAGCAUAGUGUUUGAAAAGAUGUGGACUGAGACUGUGAUAAAUAUUGCAGGUCUGAAGGAGCGAGACAUUGAUUCUUCUGUGUUCGCACAGUUACAUCUUGUCAAGAGUCAGAAAGAUUACAGUGACACAUUCACCAACGAUUUGCUCAAAAAGAUAGACCAUGAUCUUGUGCAUAAAAACCUUAAAACCAACACAAAGUGUGAAGUUGAUCUAAAACUGUACAUCUGUAGUCAUGCUGCAAGGGAUUUCCUUGAGAUGCACAGGCAGUUCCUUAAAAACAAAGAUCCACGUCAACACCUAGAGGACUCUAAAUUUCGGUACUUAUCAGACUUUUUAGAUCUGUACCACGAGAAGGAUCAUUGUCAGCGAAAAGUGACAGACUUUGUCAAUUUAUGCCUUAAACCUGCAGUGACAGAUUAUAUCAACAGGUCAUUGGGGAUUGACAUUGUGGAUGAAAUGCUGACAAGCACUCGCUCCACUGAGUACAGCUCUCGAUCUUACUUUCAGUUCACCAUUCUGAAGGAGCUAUUACAGAAAGAUGAUUUUCAGAGCUAUGUCAAAUAUAUCCUAAAAUAUGAGAUAUUUGUCAAGGACUGGAUUUUGAUGCGAAUUAUCAAUGAGCUAUCUUCAGAGAGGUCGAUCGUAAAGCUAAAAAGCAAGAAUCUUGCUGUGAUUAUACAGAAGAUCAAUGAGGCCAUAGAAACCGCAAAGGCCGACAGGGAUGAUCAACUUUUACCUAACGACAUUGAAAACACCAGCAUACUUGUUAAAAAUCUUUGCAGAACUCUUAGCAAGGACAUGCGGAUUCCUAUGGAUGUAGUUGAAGGGGUCUUAUUUCAAAUCAAAUCAAAACCCCUGUCUUUCACAGACAGUCUCUUAGAAGCAGUGAAGGAUCUGGAAAAACUGCUUAAGGCUGAAUUUGAUGACACAAAAAACAUUCCCCAUGUUCUGCAAGGCCUCGCCAUCAAGCCUCAGGAUGAGCUCUUCAAGAGGGUGUUUGGCUGUGGACAGCAGUGCCCCUUCUGCCUGGUUCACUGCGAGGCUGGAGGUAACGAACACAAUAAGCACUUUGCCUCUGUGCAUCGACCUCAGGCAUUCGGAAGCUACAGGUGUAUGACUACUGAAAUACUGUGUGAAACCAUCUGCACAACUGAUGUACACAGUGAGAAUUGCUUCAAGAACUGUGACACUAAUGGAGAGUUGCACCCAUACAAAAAUUAUCAUUCCAUUUACCCUGACUGGAUCAUCCCCCCUGAUGUGUCAAUAGAAGCAUCUGAUUACUGGAAGUAUGUGCUGCAGAGAUACAAUGACAGGUUUGCAGAGGAGUACAAAGCCAAGCCUGCAGAGAUUCCAGACGCAUGGAAACAGAUCACCAGAGAGAAAGCCCUGGAGAGCUUAAACAUAGCCUACAGUAUCAAAGGUAGUUAA